CACACUUUCCUGACCCGCAUGUCGCACACACUCUCCCGCCCCGCACGUCACCGGAGACGGGAUGGAGAGAGACCCCGGGGUGGGAUGAGGAGAGUCGAGGCUCCGGGGUAGGGUGGGGUGAGGAGAGGCCCCGGGGACGGGGGGCGGUCGGUGCGGGCUGCCAGCGGCGGGAGGAAGUACGCUCAGGCCGGGCGGGGCUCCCGCAUCCUCCGAAGGGAAGUGAGGAAGUUUUCGGGCAACUUUCCGUGAGUCCCGGCAUCAGCGCUGAGCGCUUCCUCCGCUCCUAUCACUGCACCAGGGGGACUGGGAGCGGCGGAGACCCGGGGAGAGGAAGGACUGAUCUGAACGCUAUCGACUCGGAGCCACAGAACGGAGUCCACGUCUGGAAUAGGACACUGGCAGCGUUUUAUAGUGCAGUGUUGGAGCCCAUAGCUAGGCUUGUGUCCAGACUCAGGGGGGGCAGUGUCUCUGAUUAGAGGAGCCUGUCCCCCUUUAGGCGUGUGUUACCCAGCUGUACAUCGCCCUGAUAAAUGGCCAAUAUGAGUCAGAGUAGUGGUCCUAGCCCCCAGCUGAUAGACUCUUCUCUGCUGCUACAAAGCAAUGAGCUUCUCUGCAGCCUGGACAGCUCGCAGCCCGAGCGUAUGCGGCAUCCAGACUCUCUUACCCCUUCACCAAAGAGCCUGCCACCGUCUCCAAUCUCCCCGGCCCCCAUCUCUGUGCCUACGGGAGACUGGGAGAGUCGGGAAGAGCUGCGGCUGCGAGAACUGGAGGAGGCCAGGGCAAGGGCCUCACAGAUGGAGAAGACCAUGCGUUGGUGGUCGGACUGCACCGCCAACUGGAGAGAGAAGUGGAGCAAAGUCAGAGCUGAGCGUAACAAGGCCAGGGAGGAAGGCCUUCAGCUUCGCGGUCGUCUCGAGGUCCUCAGCAAGGAGUUGGGCGCUCUGAAGAGAGAGAGGCAAGAAGCGGCCACUGAGACGGAGCAGCUGCGCAGGGAGGUGGAGAGAUUGAAGGGGAAAGAGGCUGGCGAUCAGCAGAGAGAAGAGCCUGUGCGUGAUGUGGAUGCCGACAGACCCACCAAAGGCCAGGAGUCUGACAUAGAGAGCAGCCUGGAGCAGCAGAACGGGGGCCUGUCUCGCAGCCCGAGACCCCGACAUUGGGAUGACCUGGCCCCCAGCGAUGAGGACGCUUCCAAGAUCACUGCCCUGAGACUGAGACUGGACGAGAGCCAGAAGGUCCUGCUAAAGGAGAGAGAAGACAAGAUAUUGCUGAGUAAGACCAUUGAGAAGAUGGAGGCUGAGAUCAGUAAGUGGAGGAUGAAGUGUGAGGAGUUGAACAAGUCCCGGCAGGAAGUGGUCACACAGCUCACCCUUCUGAGAGAGCGCCACCAGGACGAGUUGGGUCGGAUAUCUGAAGAUCUACAAGAUGAACUAGGGGUUCGCUCCAAUAUGGAUAAGAAAUUGGCAGAGCUCCGGGCUGAGAUGGAGGGGCUGCAGGCGGAGAACGCAGAGGAGUGGGGCCGGCGGGAGAGGCUGGAAACGGAAAAGCUUAGCCUAGAACGUGAGAACAAGAAGCUGAGACUUCAAAUCCAGGACCUGGAGGAGAUUCUGACCCGUAAGCGAAGGCAGACGGCCAGCGCGCUGGACACAGACCUGAAGUCUAUCCAGGCUGAACUCUUUGAGAGGAACAAGGAACUUUCGGAUCUGCGACACAAUCAUGCUAAGUUGAAGAAACAACAUCAUGAGAAAAUGGCGGAGCUGAGUCACGCCAACAGGCGCAUGGAACAGCUGGAGGGGGAAGUGAAGAAGCUGCGACUCCGGGUGGAGGAACUGAAGAAGGAGCUGGGGCAGGCGGAGGACCAGAUAGACGAGACGCUGAAUCAGACGCGCAAGUUACAGAGAUCUCUCGAUGAACAGACUGAACUGAAUGAAAACCUACAGGUCCAACUGGAGCACCUACAAUCAAGGCUGCGCCGUCAGCAGAACCCUUCCUUGUUUGGGAAGCUGCGGAGCUCACGGUUUGGAAAUGAGGACAGCGGGGAGUUGGGAAGUGACCCAGAUGAGGACGAUCUCCAGAUCCAAGUUCCGUAGCCCGGGCAUCGCUAUGUAAGAGAAGACUGCAGUCCAAUCCAGGGCUGCACAGAAUAGCCUCUGCAUAAUCUGUACAUCAUGGGGUGCUUGGAAUAUAACUGGUACAUCGGGCACUCCAGAAUGGGUCACCCCCUGGAGCUACAUCCAGUAUUACCGUGUGUGCGAGCUCCAGGCAGGGUACUUAUCGUGUCCAGUAUUGCCACCCUAACUCUGCUGUUACUGCCUGGCACCUGAGGGAAUGGCGCUGCUGGUUCUACCCUGGGAGAUUGUAAAGAGCCACAAAGUGAUGUCUUAGUUCCUGCCAUUCAUAUACAGCCAGAGGUCCACAUAAACAUUUCCUGACAGCGCCAUUGCCUGUCAUCAGUA